UUGAGAAAUCGGCCAAAAAAACACUGAACUUUGCGGGAAUUGCCAAAAGAAACCUGGACAUAUGGGCUAGCCAAUAAAAUCAUGAACUUUUGUUGACUUUUCGGGUUUAUUAAGAAACUUACGAUUGACUGACCAGAUUAACACACCGUUAACCGAGUUAACUGUUAAUUAAGCGGACGUUUAUUUUGGGUGUUAAAGUAUACGACGUCGUUUCAUCACUUUGUCUGAUUAAAGACAAACGACGUCGUUUAUAUAGCUGUGUUAUUAAAAAUAUGGGUUUCGUACGGCUCGAACUCGUGUACUCGGGUAUAAUGGUAGGGGUUUUUGCCACUGAGCUAGUGGACUUUGCGAUAGAUUUACGAACACAAUUUCUUUUAUUCUUCGAAUCUGAGUUAAAGACAAAUUAAUGAAACGACGCGUUUUAUAUUAACUUUUUUAUUAAAAAGAUGGGGUUCCAUCGACUCGAACUCGUGCACUCGGGUUUAAUGGUAGGGGUUUUUGCCACUGAGCUAGUGGACUUUGCAAUGGAUAUACGAACACAGUUUCUUUUAUUCUCUUUGAAUCCGAGUUAAAUGAAUCAAAAAGAAACGACGGCGUUUUCUCCUCCGAUUGGUAUAAACCCUAAAUGGGCGAAAUCAUAAAUCCAGUUCGCGAUUCAAGCUCGAUUCUUUUCGAUCUCGUCCUUAAGAAUCUCGAUUCUCAUCUCUCCUUCUUCGAGUAUCGCAUGAUGAGUUCGGGUUGUGAGGAUUCGUCUGUGAAUACGAUGGGAAUUCGUGGUAUCCCGGAGCAAUGCGGCUGUGGUCGAAGAACUGGGAUAUACACAUCAAAAACGAAGGUCAAUCCAGGAAGAACUUUCUUUAGAUGCCCAACGUUUCAAAAUGAUCACUUGUAUAAAUGGGUAGAUGAAGCUGUCUACGAAGAGGUUCAAGAUGCAUUGCCAAAAGUUGAGUGCUUUGCAUCAGAUGUUAUGAAACUUAAAAUGGAGAUCGAAAGCAUGAAAACCGUGGAGGAAGAGUUGAAAGAAGAUGUCAGGAAGGCGAGCAAUGAACUUAAGAAGCUGAAUGUGAUCAUGAAAGUGGGUUUUUCGGUGGUUUGUUUAUGCGGUGUGAUAUGUCUUGUGUUGAUCAUGUUUGACAAAGCAUAUGGGUUGUCUAUGAAUAGCUACUAGGAGACUCUGUUUAUGUAAGGCUAU